GUAAAGAAAAAAGUUGCCGAGUUGAGUGGGAUCACUUCUAUUAUACACAACAUAUGUCCAAACACCUGCGCCGCUUACACCAGCCCCUAUGCAGACCUGGACAAGUGUCCUCUAUGCCACAGGUCUCAGUAUGAUGAAGUGCAUUUGGCUUUGACUGGCAAGAAAAAGCCUCGACAGCAGUUCCAUACAAUUUCCCUUGGCCCAUAA